AAUAUGACACCAUCGCAAAAAGAUAGUAAGUUGUCAAAGCACAAUGUCGGCUGGCGACGUGUGGUCAGGAAUUUCAGUCCAUCAUGGUUUUCAACCACCAUGGGAACUGGCAUCGUGGCUAUUCUAUUUAAUAUUAUCCCCUUCAAAAGUCCAGUCUUAUAUUAUCUGUCAAUCAUAUUCUUCCUCCUUAAUGUCAUUUUGUUCUUUGCAGCUCUUGGACUGUCGAUUCUGCGAUACGCAUUAUACCCCGAGAUAUGGAAAGUGAUGAUUCAAGAUCCGACAAACUCUCUCUUUCUAGCUACCUGUCCAAUGGGCUUUGCAACGCUGCUAGAGAUGUGGAUAUUCAUCUGUGUCCCUCUAUGGGGAGAUUGGGCGAGACGAGUGGCGUGGGCAUUGUGGAUUGUCGAUGCUGUUGCUGCUGCGUCGGUUACCGUGUCUCUUUCUUUUAUACUUAUUUCUCAAAAGCACAUCACCUCCCUAGAGCGGAUUACUGCCCUUCAAUUACUCCCAAUAGCGGCCACGAUUGUCGCUGCAGGGACUGGAGCUGAAGUGGCAGAGAUUCUGCCUGAUUCUCAUCGUGCGAUGGCUACGGUGUUAGUAUCUUAUAUUCUCUGGGGAAUGGGAACACCAUUAGCCAUGGUUAUUCUGGUUAUUUACUACCAACGACUGGCAGUGCAUAAACUGCCUUCGAGAGAGACAAUUGUCAGCUGUUGCUUGCCUCUUGGACCGCUUGGUUUUGGUGGAUAUGGCAUCAUGUAUCUCGGAAAAGUCGCUCGAGAGUUACUAGCGGAUACGAACAUACUCGACCCGAUCGCUGGGAGUAUCGCGUACGUGUUCGGGGUACUUUUGUCUCUCACCAUGUGGAGCUUUGGGCUGAUCUGGCUCGUCUUUGCACUGGCGACGAUCUACUACAGCUCUCCAUUCCCCUUCAAUAUGGGCUGGUGGGGAUUCACCUUUCCACUGGGCGUGUACGCAGCCAACACGAUCCAACUGGGGGUCGAAUUGGAUGUUACGGUCUUUAAGGUUUUGGGGACGAUAUUGAGUGCUGCUGUCUUACUGCUGUGGACGGUUGUGGCGAUUCGGACUGCGGAUGGAGGAUGGCGUGGAACUCUGUUUUAUGCCCCGUGUUUGCAGAAUCUCAAGACCAAGGAAGAGGAGAAUAUGGAUGUUCUGUCGCAUCGGCAGGCAUGAUGUUUAGUAUUCAGUAGAUAUACGC